ACGAGUACGGAGUACUCCGUACAGAGUACAGUAUGAAGGUGUCAGGGGACCAAACUUGCUGGGGCAAAAUGCCAAGACCGCCAUUCCCCUGGGCGUCUCCAGUCGCGGCUUCCGUUGGCCACACACAGCACCACCGUGGGCCCUUUCCUCCCCGUCGGAGCCCGGCACGCCCGGCAAUUCGCGCUGUGGGCAGCACUGUUGGAUACAAUUCGAGAGGCGUACGUGUUAACCGUUCUCACGAGCUCCCCUUGACGAAACUUUGCGCAAGCUGCUGACGGGGCUGGAUGUGGCUGGUUUGAUUGGCGAUUUCGUGGUUCCUUUGGGGUAAACAAGCCCGAGGUCGAAGCAUCCAUAGGAAACGCCCGUGUUACGGGCGUUGUGCGACAAGGAUGCAGAACGAUGAAGAGAGAUAGAACUCUUUCUCCGAGAAGCACGGUGCUUCCAUAUUCCAUGCUCUACGCUCCCCACGCUCCACGCUCCCUGCAGACUUCCAACCACUCCAGGAGCUGUGGAACCCCCGACUGGGCUAACAAUACGCUUGAUACGAGGGGCAGCACUUGCGUAAGGGCGGAAGGAGAGGAACGCUUCCAGACGCGACGCCUCUUGAUCCCUCUUCUCCAGUAAUGUUCCCCAAUCCUCGCGGGUUCCACCCUCCGAAACAAUGCCAAGCCUUCUCGUCGGUCCUGCUUUGCUCCUCCCCUGAAGCUGCUUGGAUUUUCUCGUUCAGUCCCUCCCAGCCAGUCCUCUCCUGGUGAGCGGAGUCAAUUUUCGCCCUUGCCCUUCUCAUCCGAGCGGAGGGGCCUCCACUCUCGUUUUGACCCGAUUCCCCUGGACUACAACGACGACCAACCCGAAAAGAGGAAGAAAAAAAAAAGGCCGCCCCGACGGCGCCCGCUUUGCCAUCUUGUCUCGUGAACUAAUACUGACUAGUUCGUGGCCCGGAUCUCAGAAUCCAAUCUUACAACUUUUCUCUCCCUCUUUUCUUCCCCCAUUCCCCCCCUUGCGCUUGACGGCCUCGGUUUUUGCCUUUCAGUCUACUCGUACGGGAAGCUUGUCUUCCUAGCCACUCCUUCGGUCCGCCAUGCUGUUCGCCGGCGCAUUAUCAUUACUGUUCCUGCAGACCGUCGUUGCACAGCGCCAUGAUGCCGAUCUUAUGUCCUUUGUGACCCUCCCCGAGGUGCGCGCCUUGAAAUGGGAGGUCACUCAUCACGACCGCACGCGAGCUGCUCCGGGUUACUGGUUUGUGGCGCCUUACGGACAGAUUACGCCGGAGAACCCCACACAAAAAUAUCAGCAGUACCAGGUUGGGCCGUAUAUCUACGAUAAUGACGGUAUGCUUAUUUGGGCCGGCGCGCCAUUGUACGAUAAUCGCAAUGUCUUCGACUUCAGACCGGUCACCAACAUCGACGAAGAAACGCAUCUUUCAUUCAUCGUCAAUUGGGAUAUCGACAACACCAGCAAGGGUUACGGCGUGAUCCUGGACAAGAAUUAUAAGAUGGAAAAGGAAGUGCGCGUCUUGAAUGACCUACACGAUUUCAACAUGCACGAGUUUAAUGUCCUGCCCGGUGGGAAGACGGCUUUGGCGUGCACGUACCGCAACCAGGAGAUCGACAUGGCGGAUUUCGGACGCCCGACGGAGAAGAGUUGGGUGGUAACGGGUGGCUUUGUGGAACUGGACACGGAGACGAGCCAGGUGCUGGUGCAAUGGGAUUCCUUCGAUAAGAUUGCCCUGCAUGAGUCCAACAUGUUCCACGCCUGGGACUCACCGUCUGGCCCCCCCGGCUGGGACUAUGUGCACAUCAAUGCGGUUGAUAAGAACGCAGUCGGCGACUAUAUCAUCUCUCUGCGUUUCACCAACACGAUUUACGGUAUUUCGGGUGAAGAUGGCCAUAUUAUGUGGCGUCUCGGUGGACUCGAGAGUGACUUUGCCAUGGAUUUUACUUUCUCCAAGCAGCACGAUGUGAAAUUCGUCUCCUCCAACGGAACCCACCAUGUCAUUUCAUUCUUGAAUAAUGCCUCUGAUGAGCGCGGCAACGACGAGAACCUCUCGGCCGCCCUGUUCGUCGAGAUGGAUACUAUCGCCAUGACUGCCAAGGUUAUCAAGCGCAUCAACCGCCCUGACAGCGGUCUCACCCGUCUCCGCGGGAGCCUUCAGCUCCUUCCCAACGACAACGUCUUCAUCGGUUGGAGCGAGCGCGGCUACCAGAGUGAGCACGCGCCAAACGGUGAUCUAUUGAUGACUGCCCGCUUCGUGUCUCAGCGUUACUCGACCUACCGUGCGUACAAGGGUGAAUUCAUCGGCCGUCCGACUGCCCUGCCCGACGUGGUUGCUUCAGUGUACGGUACCAGCGACGAGGAUAUCACUACGUUGAUCCACGUCAGCUGGAACGGCGCGACCGACGUCGCUGGAUGGAAGUUUUAUGCCCAGGCAUACGACAAAGGUUCGCCCGUGCUCAUCGGCCAGGCCAACAAGACCGAUUUCGAGACGAUGUACAUUGUGGACGGCUACAUGGACUGGAUCACUGCCGAGGCUGUCGACAAGAACGGAAACGUUAUGAGUGCCUCGCGGGUGAUUCGCAGUGAGAUCCCGCAGAACUGGAAAGCCGUUGGCUUCGUAGGCUCUGCGACGGGUCCCACGCCCGAUGACCCCUCUAUCAUCUCCGCUGUCAACAAGGGCAGUUCGUCUGCCUCACCUUCUAAUGAUAACACCGGCACCGAUGGCAUGGACAUGGUCAAUGAUGACACCUCAUCGGAGUCCGGUUCAAGCUCUGACCACUCAUCUAAUGCCUACGCCGAUGCCAAGGAAGUUGCCAAGUCAGUCUACAAGGCUUACGAAGUGAUUCGCGGCGUGGGAGGUCUUCUCAUUUUCAUCCUAGUCGCCUGCACUGUCGGCGGCGUGGUCGCCGGUCUCUGGCGCCUGUUUCAGCGCCGCAAGAUGCGCUCAUACCAGCACGUUCCCUCUGAAGAGGGCAUCCCCGUGGAGGAGAUCCACCUGCGUGCGCACGCGCCAGAAUGAUUCCAUACAAGCAACACUUUUCGACCUCCUUUUUUCCCUCUCUCUUUUUGUCGCAUAAUUAUCAGCGUUGCAUCCGCAUUUACCACCUACUUCUCUUCCCGUCCUCAUUGUUCUCUUUUUUUGUGGUCUUAUUUUCCACCUUUCGUCCCCACCUCGUUCUUCCAGGUGAAGGUUUCCCGGGGUCGGAAAAAGCACUCUUUGCAAUACUACCUGAACGAAGCAUGAUCCGGAUACAUAAUUCCCGGAGAGGCGGCUCGAUGGAAUAGGUAUAUACAACCAGACCGGGGUCAGGUCAUGAUCGUUCCACGCAUAUCAUACCCAGCAGGCGUUUUAUCAUUUUUCUUCCUGUUAUGUCUCACUACUACUCUUUCUGGGAUGGUUGAUUUUUUUUUUCUAAAAUCAUUCUCUCGGACAUUUGGGUUUUUCUUUCCCAUCUUUCUUGGACCGUUUGUCAAUUUUUCUUCCGCCUUGGCCUUGACUUCUUGUGUAAUAAUUUUUCCCUCUUACCUUUCACCUGACAUAUGUCAGGCUAUCCACUUUUGACCGGAUGCCUUGCAUCUGGUCGGAGACCAUGUACAUAUUACAUAAUAUUUUGGAUGUAUUUUUUCUGUCAGUAGUGUCGAUCCUGAACUCCUUACGGAAAGGGCCG